AUGGCCCAGUUUCGAAUCUAUUACGAGCGCGUCCGCAAAUACCAGGAUGAUUUUCUCCUACUUGAGGAUUAUUUUGCUGGCAUACGCCCUGAGUUUCAGAGUGUUACAAAGUCUGGACAGGUGGCGUUUAGCAAGCCGUCCCUAAAGCGGGAUUUGGAAGGUACCCACUGGCCUCCUACUAUCCUGACUGGCAAUCGUUGUGGUAUCAAGCGUGUUGAUCAUCUGUUUGCCUGGCUAUGGGGGUUGCAUCCUGACGAGUACAGCCGCCUGCACUGGGCUCAUAAACCACAUCGUACACUGUACGGUCGGUGUGUGAUCAAGAUCCAAGAAAUCUAUGGUGAGGAAAUAGCCACUUCCUAG